UUGGAAAGCAGAUGUGAACGGCUGGGCCGAGCAUCCUCAUUCUGAUCAAGCGCUCUUCGUGGCUCGGGUGAAGAAUUCUAACCGAAGUCGAGACGCGAUUCAAUACACGGCGAGAUGUAAGUGAGGAACUGUGGCCGACGGUCCAGCUCGGACGUUGUGGUAUACCAUCGCGUGACCAGCAUGUCCUGGGCACGGGGGGCAUAGCUAUCUUACCCAUUAUCUCGUCUACUAAUGUUGCUGCUUGAUAUCCUCCAUCUGACUUGCUCGCUCGGUGCGCGCCCUGUGCCUGCCUCUCUUCUCGCUUGCUUCCCUCUACAUUUUAAAAGGUCUGGCGCAUCUUCCAAUCUGACGUUGCGACUGAACACACCUGCGCACCAUUCGGUAGCGCAAUUCGUCACACAGGGGCCACAGGGUGCCAAGUACACGCUGGAUGGAGCCCGGGGGACAAGUCACGCAAAGCUAUGUCGCAUCGGGCCGGGUGCAGGUGCAGCGCAUCCAGCAGGCGGUGGGCAUGGGCAAACGGGACAGAUGGACUGCGUCGACAUUGCGCUUGAAGCAAAGGACCUUUUCGCGACGAUGCAACAGCUCAAUUUCUUCUGCCAACUACCGCAAGACCCAUCCAAGACACACAUCAUAUGCGAAAAGAUUCCGCAAUAGCGCUAUAUGACCACAGCACGAUGAUGCAAGGUUUUUGGACUGUCAUGUUGCAUCUCCGCCGCUCCAUUUGUCCAUCCUCUCUCGGCCAGCUAUGUGUGUGUGUGUGUGCGUGCGUCCAUGUAAAAAUGCAACCAGAAGGCAUGAAAGCAG